AUGACUGACUCGGAAUCCAUUUUAUCUACACAUGAAAUUGGCGAUGGGCUCCCCAUUUUGAUCAUUCAUGGAUGGCAGAUGGAUACCAGAGUCGAGGAACUAGACUUCGAGCCAAUCUUCAGCAAACUACCAGGGUUUCGACGAAUCUAUGUGGACCUUCCAGGCAUGGGUGCAACACCCGCAAAUAAUGUCAAGGAUCUGGACGACAUAUACCAUCGCUUAGUGCAAUUCAUUGAUUCUCGACUUGGGACUUCAAGAUUCUUGCUUGUUGGCUCAUCGUGUGGUGGGUACCUUGCGCGUGCGAUAGCUCAAAAGUACAGUGAGCAAGUCGAUGGGCUACUUUUGCGCGUACCGAUCAUUGAGCCAAGGGACAGUGCGCGCGACCUCGAUGCCUUCAGGCCUUUGGUCGAAGACAAGGGGAUCAUCUCGAGCAUGUCGGACCAAGACAGGGCACUUCUUGGGAACAUUCUUAUUCAAACGCCGGCUUAUAUUCAAGCUUUAAAGGCAAAAUAUGAGGGUGUUUACCUUCCAGCGGAGGAUUCAUCGGACGCUAAGGUAUUGGAUCCCAUUCGAGCGGAUCCACAGCGAUAUCAGUUAUCUUUUUCGUUGGACGAAGGUGCUAAGUUUCUUGCACCCACUCUUGUUGUGUGUGGAAGACAAGAUGAGAGUGUGGGCUAUCGAGACAGCCUUCGAUUGUUGGGGCUUUAUCCACGGUCAACGUACAUUGUUCUGGAUCGUGGGACCCAUGGCCUUCCUAUUGAUGAGACUGGCGUUUUUGAGGCUCUUGUUCGUGAUUGGAUAUUCCGAGUUAAUGAAUGGCGAGCCCGUCUGGAAAUAUAA